GUGCGCAUGCUCGCGGGGCGGGGGCGGGGCGGAUGGCUGCUGCUGGGAUCUUCCGUGAGCCGAGGAUACUUCAGUGAAAACUAUUUCUCUGGACUGAAUCCUGAAUUUGUCUUGUUCGUCAAAUGAUUAAAGAUCAGAUAUAGAAUGGAAUUAUUUUGAAUAAAUUAUCUGGAGAUACAUGUGAAAGAGUUAGAGGCCUGGAUGUUUGAGUAUACAAGAGACCAUGAGUGGAGGAUCUCAAGUCCACAUUUUUUGGGGUGCUCCAGCUGGUCCUUUGAAAAUGACAGUAUCACAGGAGCCAACUUCCUUAAUGUCUACUGUUGACCCCUGGAAAGAAAUUCAGCUUUUCUGUAAUCAACAUUCUUUACAUCUGAAGGAUGGAAAAUACAGGCACAAAAGUCUUGAAGACCGUCAGGCCCUGGAGACUCUGGGCCCUCCAGAUCCUCCUCAUCAUUUUCCAGCAGGCUGUAUGAGCAGAUCUGUUCACACGAAAGACAACUUCAUACAGUGCAUUUCUGAAACACGAGCUAUAAAAUCCCAGAAGAGUCACCCCUCAGGAAUGAUUGAUGGAACCAGCUCCUAUGAGCAAACAUGUGGAUUUAAGGGCAGAGUUCAGCAUUUAGCUGAAGAAGGAAGGUAUCAAAUGCUCUUCAGUGAACAUAAGAAAAUCACAGAUGAACAGUGUGAAGAUCAGUCAAAUGUAUGUGGUCAGAACUUUCCCCCAAAUUCCCUGCAAUUAGAUCAUAAAUGUGCAGCUGUGUUGGAUGCAGUCGGUAGGACUGAACAGACUAACGUGGAGCCAGGAGCUACGGAAACAAAGUGUGCACCAGCAGAACAUCAUGAACUGCAAAACCCACGCCUGGAGCUCUCUUCCUCUAACUCAGUAGACAAGCCGAGGCCCGAGGGAGCGGUUAGGAAGGUCUCAGUCCUUAAAAUAUCGACUGAGACUGAAUUCCUCAGUAUAAUGACCUCCAGCCAGGUUGCUUUUUUAGCUCAAACGGAGCGUAAAGGGCAGAAUUCUGUAACUAAAGGGACUGUAAACAUGGCGAUCAAACCAGAGGCAAGACAUGGGGAAAUAAGAGUAACUGAAGAUAGUUUAAAUCAGCCUAAUGAUGAUUCUGCAGAAGGAUAUGAAAGUGGACAAGACCAAGCCAGUUCCCUUGAACUUUUUAGCCCUGUUUGUCCUGAAACAAAAAGUAGCCACGUUCACAUAGACUCUGAUAAAGGUCUUGAAGAAAAUACAGACUCUGAAGAGCUUUUCAGUUCCGAAGAUAAACUGCCACCAAAUGAGAUAUGUAUUGAGUCGUGCGGCUCAGGAAUCCUGUGUUCCCAACUAAAUACCUUUGACAAAAGUUCUAUUAGAAGAAGUUGCACCUCUGAAGAUAAAUCAGGCUGUUCUAAAACUCCAUCUGAAACCCCCCACAUAGCUAAGAAAAUUAAGUUGAUUUCUAAUGUGCGAGAUCAUGCUGUAGCAGCGGACCCGAGGAAUGUGUCUGAAUUUAAGGGCAUUAAGAAGACAUCAUUAAUAAAACACUGUGUUUCUAAAAGUCGGAAGUAUAAUUGUUUAGUCAUGGUGUUGUCUCCAUGUCAUGUGAAAGAAAUAAAUAUAAAAUCGGGACCAAAUUCUGGCUCUAAAGUGCCUUUAGCAACAAUUGUGGUAAUUGACCAAUCAGGAAUUAAGAAGAAGGUUUUCCUGUGGAGGGCUGCGGCGUUUUGGGCACUUACAGUGUUUCUUGGCGAUAUAAUUUUACUCAUAGAUGUUACUAUUCAUGAAGAUCAUUGGGUUGGUGAGACAGUACUACAAUCAACGUUCACCAGUCAGUUAUUAAAUCUUGGGAGUUAUUCAUCUGUCCAGCCUGAAGAAUAUUCCCGUAUGGUUAGUGAUGUUUUACUUCAAGACUUACUGGCAUAUGUGUCUUCAAAACAUUCCUAUCUCAGAGAUCUUCCUCAGAGAAAGCCUCAGAAAAUGAACAAGAUAGAAUUUGUAGAACUGGAGCAGCUUCAGCCAGACACACUAGUCCAUGCAGUUCUGAGAGUUGUUGAUAUCACUAUACUGACAGAGGCAUUAUACAGUUAUAGAGGACAGAAGCAAAGGAAAGUUAUGUUAACAGUGGAACAGGCCCAAGGUCAACAUUAUGUCCUUGUAUUAUGGGGUCCUGGAGCAGCCUGGUACCCUCAACUUCAAAGGAAAAAAGAUUAUCUUUGGGAAUUUAAGUAUCUUUUUGUUCAGCGCAAUUGCAUCCUAGAAAACCUAGAGUUGCAUACAACAGCGUGGUCAUCCUGUGAGUGCCUGUUUGAUGAUGAUGUAAGGGCCAUUACAUUUAAAGCAAAGUUCCAAAGAAGCACACCCUCCUUUGUGAAGAUGUCAGAUUUAGCAACACACCUAGAAGAUAAGCAUUCAGGAGUGAUUCUAAUCAAAGCCCAGAUUUUAGAGCUCGUGUUUCCUAUUACAGCCUCUCAGAAGAUAAUUCUAAAUGCUCACAGUUCUCUGGAGAGUAUUUAUUCUUCUCUUCCCAAUAUUCUUUACACUGGCUGUGCAAAAUGUGGAUUGGAACUAGAAACAGAUGAGAACAAGAUCUACAGACAGUGUUUCAGCUGCUUGCCAUUUACUGUGAGGAAAAUACACUAUAGGCCAGCUUUAAUGACCAUAGUUGAUGGAAUAUAUAAGGUUUGCGUCCACGUAGGAUCAAAGCUGGUGGAGAAGAUUCUUCUCAACAUUUCUCCUGACUGGCUCAACAGAGUUAUAGCCCCGCCCUCAGAGGUGACCUACCGCAUGGUCGCAGCGGACCUGCUCCAUUCCUUGUUGGCAGGCAGCGGGGCACCUUGGGUCCUGAAGAUGCAGAGCCUCUUUGUCUUAGAUGAAAACAGCUACCCACUGCAACAGGACUUCUCCCUCCUUGAUCUUUAUCCUGACGACGUGAAGCCCGCAUCCCCGGCUCUCCUCUGAGCCCAGAUGAGGGAACAGCAGGCACUUGAAGGAAGAGUACUGAGAUGAUCUGUCUUUCCAAAUGAAUGACAGGGCUUUCCCUCAGGGUUUUAAAAUAAGUAUAUUUUAUAAAGAGAAUUGUGUUAAAUAUAUUAAUUAAAAAAUCCCCCCCCCUAAGAAAAUUGUGAGGUUUUUUUGUUUGUUUGGUUUUGGGGCUUUCCCUUUCUCUCUUCUAGAGAAAUGAUCGAGCAAUAAAGGCAACACGUUAAAUUUCAUUGGGAAUUGAAGAAUCACUCUGUUCAGUACCUCCAUUCCGAAGCACUGCGACGCAGAGCUGAGCGUUUACUCAGGAAUUGCUUUUCUGCUCUGCUCACAAACUCAAAAUGCUCUCCUUAUUCCAACUUUAAUAAACUACAGACUCAAAAGGAUUUCCUUAAUCACAACUUUAUAUGGCCAUAGUUCACAUAAGCCUACGUUUAGGCAAGUUCCAGAUGAGUACGUCUUUCCAUAAAGAAGCGCUGAAAAUGAAGGAAACGUGAUUGUGUUUCAGCUCGUCGUCAGGGGAGGCAGAGAGUCAUACUGUUAGUUGAUUUCUAGGAGUUGCGUGCCUCACUGAAUUUACUUUUCCAGCAACCACUUAGCAGUUAGUCUCUCAUUAUGACUGUCGCAGCAGCUCCCAGAAGAUGGUAGUCACCAGGGAGGAAACGGGGCAAUACUUAACUUGGAAGUUUGGAGUAUGCCGAGCGUUAACAGAUCGGUAAUAUUGCUUGAACAUGACAAAAUUCAUAAUAUUUACUAGGUGUAUUUUUAACAAAAUUCUUUUGGGUCAUUGAAAUUGUUUUCUCUAAUUGAAGCUUCUUUUUUUUUUUUAAACCUGGUUUCCCUAAAAAUGAACCUCAGGAGUUUUGUGAUUCUCAUCAAAACAAUAUGCAGAAAAGGUUGUAGAAGAACCUUUUUCUAUGGAGAAGGGUCUGUAGCUUGUAACAAAACCCCAGAGGGAUCUUUGACAGGAGC